AUGGGAACACCAGCAGAUUACGAAGUCUGCUUGUCCAUCCUCAGCACCCCCGGCUUGAUCUUGGCCGUAGUCGGUAUCUGGUUUGUCCUAAUCACUCGUAUUACCCUGCUCUCUCUGGCUCCGAUUGUGGUGUCGAUCGCGAACGGACUAUGUUACUAUGCCUACUAUACCGAGUAUCCGACGUCGAAGCGCACCCGCUACGAGUAUGCUGGCGGAUAUAUUCCGGUUUCAGAUAAAACCCGACAGCACCCUUGCAAGAAAAUCCCAUUCUUCUCCAUACCUUUGGGAGUCACAUCCGCAUUUUCAUUCCGAGCAUCUUCUGGUCCAUGA